AUUAAUAUUUACAAAAAUACUAAAUAGUAAUUUUUGUCCUUUACCAUUAUGUUGAAAUAAAUCAUGUCAUUAUAAAACAAAAUACAACAAAUUAAACAAUUUAUGUUUUUUAUUAUUAAUUAAAGUUAACAUUUUUCUUUAAUAAAACUACUUACUUAGAAAUAUAAUAUUCUUAUCUAUUGGUUAUUUUAACUAUGGAUAAAGAUGAAAUUCUUAAAAACAAAUUUAAACGAAGAAAAGAAUUAAAAAAAUACAACAAACGCCAGAAAUUAAACCCAAAAUUUUUAAAAACAUUACCUUAUGAAAUACAGCAGGACAUGUCAUUAUUAAAGUAUUGGCACAAUAGGUUUAGAUUGUUUAAAAAAUUUGAUCGCGGAAUUAAAUUAGAUAAAGGUAAGAUAAAUUAUAUCAUUACAAUGUACAUUAAUAUCUAUGACCUGCCUAUUUAGUAUUCAUACAUACAUUUUAAUUUAAAAUUUUAAUAUUUAAAGAUUUAUAUUCUGUGUUAAGAAGAAAACCUUUUAUUUAAAAAAAAAAAAAUAUAUAUACCUAAUAUUAAAAAUACCUGUCAUUAAAUUUAGAUAAACUACAGGGAAGAAAAUGCCCCCUAGAAUUUCCCCCCUCCCUCUGACAAAUAUAACUGUCAACAAAAUAUUUUUAUUAGAUGUACAAUACCCAUCACAUUUUACAUAGAAAUUACGAAUGAAAAAAGUGAGCCCCCACCCCUAAGAAAAAUUUAAUGUGUUCAACACUGAAAGUACCUACUUACUUUUAUUUACUAUAUAGUAGUAAUUAUUCUGGUUAUUGGUAACUCAUCUAUACAUAAUCUUUUUUGCUAUAGAAGUUAUUUGAUGUAAAGAGGACAUUACACCCACAUUUACUGUCGCAGUCCUACAAACAUACGACAACAAAUUUUGUGCCAUUAAUUUUAAUAUUAAAGAAAAUUGACUUAUUACCAAACUUAAAGGUAAGAAGAUUACAUGUGCCCGAUCGUUGAUGUUUUUUUUUGAUGUUUAAAUUUUUAAACAAGAUAUAAUCUUUUUUAAAUUGUGAUAUUUUGGUUAAAAAUGAAAAUAUCAAUGAUAGGGCACAUUUAAUCUUCUUACCUUUAAGUUUGAUAAUAAGUCGAUUUGCUUUAGUAUUAAAACUAACAGUGCAAAAUGUGUCCUACUAAACGCAAAUUUGAUAUGUCUCAUGUUUGUAAGAACUUUGUAUUACAAACAGUAGAUAUUGGUGUGGCGUCCUCAGAGCAGAGCGAGCUAUAACAUUUAUUUUAUGUACCAGUGACUCAAAUUAUGACAUUUUAUAUUGUUGGUUUUUGUAUAUUUGAAGUAUUUUAGAUUUUUUUAGUUCUAUUUUUCAUAAAUCUUGUUUAUAUUAAAUGAAAAAUUCAUAAGAAAAAUGUUCAAAUUUUCAUUUUAUAUUACAAUCUAUUUUUAUGUAUUAGUCCAUCAAACAGUGUAUAUUUAUAAGUUCUUAUUGAUUGUAUUUAUAUAUUGUAUUCUAGAAUAUUCUGUUGUAUGUAAUUUUAGUUAUUUAAAUUGUAAACGGAAAAAAAAUUUUUAAAAAAAAACAUUUUUAUAUUUUUAUGGCAUAUUAUAGCACUUAUUUUAAGAUGUUUUAUAUUAUAUUUAUGUAUAUUAAGAUUAUCAUAUUAUAGCAUAUAUUUUAGUUCUAUAAAAUCCGAGUCCUGCUAAUAAUAAAAUAAAUCUAAAAUACUAAAAAGAAAUAUGUUACUUAUUUUAUUAUAUUUUUCUAGAAAGUUGGUAUUCGGUGACACCUGAAAAAAUUAGUCAUAUGAUAGCGAAUCGUUGUAAAUGUGAUUUGAUAAUUGAUGGAUUUUGUGGUGUUGGAAGCAAUGCUAUUCAAUUUGCACUUAACUGUAAAAGCGGUAAAUUUAAAAUUAUAAAUUAAGCAUUUAAUAUUAUCUUAAACUAAAAUGUAAAAAAUAUAUUGUUUUACUGGUUUUCAGUUAUUGCAAUAGAUAUUGAUCCAUUAAAAAUAGAACUCGCGCAGAAUAACGCAGAAGUUUAUGGUGUAUCAAAUCGUAUAGAAUUUAUUAUUGGCGAUUAUUAUGCUCUUGCUUCUACUUUAAAAGCAGAUGUUGUAUUUUUAUCACCGCCAUGGGGAGGUCCUUCAUAUUCAUCACAAAAAACUUUUAGUAUUGAUAAUAUAAUGCCAAACUAUGGUGGUGGAAAACACCUAUAUGAAUUAACACGUCAAAUAACUAAAAAUAUUGUUUUUUUUCUACCAAGAAAUAUUGAUGUCAAACAAGUAUGUUUAGUUUUGCUUUAUAUUAUUACAAAUAUUUAAAUCCCAAAAUCAUAUUGCCUACAAAUAUAAAAAUAGCUAAUGAAAUGUCAUAAUUGCAUUUACAUAAAUACAUAGCUACAUAUAAAUCAAAUAAAAUGAUACAACUACUGUAACAUUAAACAUAUUAUGUACUUUAAAUUUGUAUUUAUUACACUUAGCAUUGAAGUGUAUAAUGUGUUUAUAGAAAUAAUGAGGACUUUAAUGAUAGAAUUUCAAUGAUCUAUAAUCUUUUUUAUUUAUGAAAAAACGAAUUACCCAUAUUUUUUACUAAAUGUGUUUUUUUUUUCAAUUUAAAUUAUAUAAAUUUUAAUAAUACAGUAAAUUUACAUAUUAAUUAUGUAGUAGAAAUAUUAUACCAUUUAACUAUAACGAUUAAUAUUGAGAUAUUCUAGUUUUAAUAAAAUAUUCUGAUUUCAAAAACAAAACUAAAAUACUAUUUUGAUCUGAAAUAUUUUGGAAAAUUACUUAAACUAGCUCAAUAAAAAUAAGUUGAUUAUUAUAGUUAGGAAACAUAACCCAACUAUGCCACUAUUACAAAUAUCUACAAUAUAUUAGAAUUAUUUUUCUUAAUAUUAAAAUCAAAACCAUUUUAAAUUACUCCGUUUCCUUUUACAUGUUAUUAUGUUAUACAUAUUAAAUUACAUUUUUUUUUCUUAGUGUAUCACUUUAGCUGGUGAAGGUAACUUAGCAGAAAUUGAAAGUAAUUAUUUUAAUAAAAGGUUGAACUCGAAAACAUUUUACUUUGGAAAUUUAGUUACAAGUAAAGAAUAAUUAAAAGGUGGUAAGUAUAACUAUUAUUAAACACCAUUCAUUCUUUUUUAUUUAAUUUGUUUAUUUUAAUUAUAAUAUAACAAUAAUAGUUACAAAUUAUUACAAUAGAUAUUCUAGAUCAAAAAUGUUUAAAAAAUUAAAACUUGUAUAGUAUAACCAUUAUAAUGAUAUGUAUGCGUUGGCCUUAAAUAUAUAUAUAUAUUUAUAGAUACAUAAAUUUUGUUUUGGUAAGCUUAUUAAAUAACAUUACAAUUGGUAUUAAAAAAAAUACAAUUUUUGUUGAGUUUUAAUUCACAAUUUGUUAUAGUUUAAUUUUUUAACAUCAGUGGUUCUCAACCUUUUUUUCAUGAUGACAGCCAAUUUAAAUCAAAGUAAAUGACAACACACUUAAAGAAUUAAUGCAUUUCUUCAAAAAUAGCAAAACAAUCAUUACAAACAUAUGUAAAUUAUUAUAUUUACACAUACACCACUCGACAAUUAUGACUGCAAACUGAUAUUGUUUUAUAAGAAUAACGUAAAAUUUAAUUUUUUAUAACUCAAUAUUAUAUUUUUAGUAUUAUAAUAUAAAAUUGAAAAUACACCUCAAGAAUCUAUUUCACAUAGUACUACGUGAUACACCGGUUGAGAACCACAGUUUUACAAUAUCUGAAGUAUUUAUCCUUUUUGUGUUCUAGUUGUUGUUUUUUAUUCUUACGUUUAACGUAAAAAUCAUUAUUGUAAAGAACUAAGAAUAUAGUAAAGGUACAAUGAUUUUCGCAUUUAAAGUAUUUAAAUGAAUAUUCAUAACAAUAACACUUACUAACACUACAAUAACAAUUAUUUAGGUAAAUAUGUAUUAUGUUAAUAUACUUUAAUUAAAAAGCAAAUUUUUACCUUAAUGUUGUUCUUAUAAUUAUAGUUUAAACAAUAAUAAACUUAAAAAUUAACAACAUCAGUUGGCAUACUUAUAAGGGACUAGUGAAUGGUGAAUACAUUGCCAAAAAGAUAAAGUUCAAUUUAUUAUAAUGAGCCAUACUAAUAAAUUAAGUACACAGUAUUUAUCAUAUUAAACUCAUAAUGAGCAUCUAAAUGUAUUACCCUAUUUACUAUUUUGGACUUAAAACAAAAAUAUUCACAGUUUUGAUAUGUAAGUCAUGUUUGCACCAAACAAUUAAAAAUUUUGGUAACUGUUUAUGUUUUCUCAGGUCUGUUUUUGAAUAGCUCUUCGACUAUAUGCUCAUCAGCUAAUGUAGAGAUAUCUCCUACAUCUUUGUCAUUAAUUGCCACCUUGCGUAAAACUCUCCUCAUUAUUUUUCCAGAACGGGUUUUCGGAAGUCCUGGUGCGUGUUGAAUAACAUCUGGCAUUGCAAAUGGCCCAAUAUUAUCUCUCACUAAAACAUAAUUA